CGUCAGACCGCCAUCCCAGCCACACAUGUACGAGACACCGCUCUUGUCCGUAGCUCAAUGCAGCUACGCAUUAUGGGGAUUAUCCCCUCAGUGAUCACAUUUAUCAUUGUGUUGACCGUCGGCCGGCAUGUGGUCUCCGCCACCGGCUGCCGAGAGUCCAACUGCGAGUUUGUUGUACGGCAGGAAUGCCAGACCUCCGAGACAGUGUUCUGCGACAUGAAAAACCGGCCAAUGAAACAGAUAAACAUCACGGCAGCAUCGUUCCCGAGAGAUGCCCGAGAAAUCAAGAUAACCGAUGUUGAGACCAUAACGAUCGAUGAGGACUCCAUCUCCUCUCUGACAUCGCUGGAGGAAAUCGAGAUCACCAAAGUCAACACCUUGAUUCUUCAGCCCAGGUCUCUGGCGCGCGGCAACAACUCCGAACGGAUUACAGUGAGAAUACGCGCAGUGACGAGUCUUCAGCUGCGUUCCCAGACAUUCCAAGACUUGAGCGGGGACUCGAGGAUCAUCAUAGAAGACGUGGAUGACUGCCAGCUGUUCUCGUCUUCCAUUGCUAACGCACAGUUUUUCAGCUUGACAUUGAGCGGAAUACAAUCACUGGCUGUUCAUGAAAGCGCCUUCAGCGAUGAUUCUCUGAUAGAAAAAGUUCACAUGACAGGUAUAAAAUCACUUUCGAUAUCAAAACAAGCAUUCACGUCAAAUGUCACAGUGCACAAGACAUGGAUUGAAGGCAUCGAAAACCUCACCAUACACUCAGGUGCACUGUCCCAAAACUCGAGAAUGAAGGAGGCCGAGUUGAAAAAAGUGAAGUAUCUCAGCGUUGAACCGCAUGGCAUUCAGGCAAACAUUGACAAGUUGAAGGUAAAAGAAGUUGAAAUGGAAACGUGUGGUGAAAACACGUUCGGGGGCAAGAUUGGAAGUUUAUCCCUGAGCUCGUCGCAUAUCCAUCGGGCUACAGAACACUGCAUAUCAGCUGGCAGCGAAAUGAACAAACUGAUCAUUGAAAACAGCCGCUUUAACCACACUGAAACAUCGGCUUUCUACGGGACGGUCAGGGAAGUUCAAAUCAAGAACAGCACAUUCGGAGCGAUAUAAAAGGAAGGGCUGCAGCUGAAUGUUACGAAGUUUUCCUUUGAGUGCAGCGAUAUCGUUGAAGCAUCAGAAAAAGCAUUCGUGGUGCUUGCUGACAGCGAUAUCACGAUCAGGAACUGCACGAUCAAUGCUGUGCGAAAGGAAGCCUUCAGCUCGCUAAGGGUGGCGAAAGGAAACGCCACAGCUCGCCACCGGAUUCAGCUAGGCAAUCUCCACAUCCAACAUCCAGAUAACGGUUCGCUGCAGUUUAGCCAGAACCAAAGAGUAACAGUGCAUGGCCUGACAUUGGACAUUCCCUGUACAGUGUGUCUAAAAAGAAUGUACCGUCGCCACUACGUGGCGCUGGUGUCGC